UCUUCUUCUGUUAUUGUUGUUUUUUAUUUUGUAAGAUUGUAGUUGAGAUAUUUGAAGAUUUUUCACUAUUAGUGACUUUUUGGUUCAAAUGGCUCUUCCAGCCUUUGUAAGAACUAGCCAUUGUCCUGCGCGACGUGCGGAUAAUGCUUUAAGCUGUUAUGUGAAAAACUUAUAUAGAAUAUCCAAAAUAUUUUAAAGUAAUAACAUAAAAUAAUGUUGCAAUAACAUAAAGAGAUUUUUGUUAAAUUAAUGAUGUAAUACAAAAUUAAGGGGAUGGAGAAUUAAACUAUAGAGAAAAAGUUACAUAAAUUAGAAAUUAGUUAUUAUGUGGUGUAAUAUCUUUUCAAAAAAAAAAAUGUAGUGUAAUAAGUUGAUUGUUUGUUUAAUCAUUUAUUUUUUUGCUGAAAUUUUUAAUCAUAAUUUUUGUUUCUACAUUGGCUUGGAUUUAGCAUAAAAAAUUUGUAAUUUCUUGUAAAUGUUUAUUUAUUAUUUAUUUUUUUGAGAAAAAUGUAAAUGUUUAGUUGGCUUAUGGAAAUAUAAUCUAAAAUUUAUGAUGUCAUGUUUAUGUUAUUGAAGUAUGAUAGUGGUAAGUUAAACACUUAGUGAAAAUUGUGAUAUCCUAUUAAUAGAAUUUUAUUAUAAUCCAAAUAUGUAAAGAAGUUGAGGAGUAAAGCCAAAUGAAAAAUUACUCUUACAAAGCACCACAUGAUAAAAUUGCAUUGUCUCUCACGUAAUGUUUUUUCUUUCUUAUAUAUAUAUAUAUAUUUUUAAAAACCAUAUAAAAUUCUUAUAUAUAUAAUUAGUGCAUACUUAUAGAUAAUUAAUGUGUUUUCACUUCAUUGACACAUUUAGGCUCCGUUUGGGAGUUCAUAAGGGAAGAGAAUAGAAUGGAAUGAAAUAAUCAUAAGAGAAUAGAAAGGAACGGAAUGGAAUGGAAUGGAAUGUAUUUAAACGAGAGAAAAGAAUGGAAAAGAAUGGAAUGGAAUUAAGUAAUCUUGAUUGGAUGCUUUAAAAUAAAGGAAUGGAAAGGAAUGAAAAUGAAUGGAAUGUAAGUAAUCUUGUUUGGGAGCAACAUGGAGGAAAUGGAAUGGAUUCAUUUUAUAACAAUAUUACUAUUAGACCCCUAUUUUAAAAUAAAUAAUUGAAUAUACAGAGGUAUUUUGGGAGUUUUAGUAAAAAAAUCAUUAAAUCUAAUUCCAUUCCAUCCCAUUCCUCCCAAUUUCGGGGGGAAUGAAAAUUUGAGGUUUUAAGGCAAUAGUGAGGAAUGAGUGUUCCCUCCUACUCAUUCCAUUCCCUUCCACUUAAACUCCCAAAUAAGGGAAUGAGUUUUUCAUUCCCUCCAUCAAAACUUCCAAACAAGGGGAAGGGAAGAAUAUUAUAAAAUUAUUAUUUUUAUUCCUUUCCAUUCUAUUCCAUUCCCUCCUCUCAAAUGAGGCCUAUGAAUUAAAAGUUUUACAUAAAUGUAAACUUUGAUAAGGUGGAAGCCUAAAUGAGAGAAGCUUAACAAAUGUGCCACUUGGCAGAACCUUAUGGCCUCCCACAUGAGGUCUCUGCUUUUAUAUAUAUAUUGAUGAUGGAGUGUUAGAUGAUAUCUCUAGUUCAAGUCUUAUGGAGUGCAUAAGUUACUAACAAAUUGAAAAAUAAUUGUUUUAAGAUUUUGAUUUGCUUCCUGUGCAAUAUUCUUUGAAAUUUUUUAUUAGUUGGGUGUCCAAAAUUUAAAGCUAUUCUUGUUAUAUUGCAAAGUAAGAGAUAAAUUGAAGUGGAGCUUUUGAUAGGCUGGGAUGGAGUAACUUUCUUGCUGUUGCUAGUCUUAAUGGUUUGGAAGAGGCAUUAUUACCUUGUUGACUUCAAUAAAUUUUUGGUUUUUUAGACCGUCAUUUUUUUUUGAAAUUUUUCCAUCAAAUAUAUAUGAGGAAUCAAACCUUUUGACAGUCGAAAAAUAUGCUCUUAGAAUUGUAAAUAGGACAAGCAUGUUUACUCCUCUUAGAGAAAUAAUUUUCUUCUUCCGAAUCAGAGUGGAAUUCCUACCUAGAUUUCUUGAAUUCAAUGUAGAAUUAUGACAGGGCUAGAGAACAUAAAUUCACAAAGCUUCUAGUAAUAGCUAGGUAAUGCAGGGCCAUAUCUGAAUGUCUGCUCUGUGUGUGUUUUUGUGUGUGUAUGUUUUUUUUUAUUAUACCUGACCUAUUUACCAUGUACAACUUAUUUUUAAGAGAAUACAGAAUUUAGGUUAGUUAUCAAGUUGACUUGUUUAGAGACCAAUUAGCAUCAUUCUAUGCCUUGAAAGGAAGAAUUGCUUUAAUCAUCUCCCUUAAAAUGUUGGAAGGAAGCUAUUAUAUGUUUUGUUUCAAAGAACAAAGGCUCAUAACACCUUAUUGUGGAGCAAUUCAUAUGAUCUUGACAAAGGGUUUAGAAGUCCAUUUUGCUCAGAUCAAUUGUUGGAGGUCCAUUGUUCUUACCUUAAUCAACUUAAUCUUUCUCUUUGCAAUUUUACAGCAACGAAGGACUUUCAUUCAGAUGAGGACUAUUCUCAAAGUUGUGGACAACUCAGGGGCAAAAAAGGUGAUGUGCAUACAAGCUUUAAAGGGGAAGAAAUGUGCAAAAUUGAGAGAUACAAUAGUUGCAUCAGUCAAGGAAGCCCAUCCAAAUGGAAAAGUCAAGAAAGGAAAGGUUGUGUAUGGUGUGGUUGUGCAUGCUGCCAUGCGAUGUGGUCGUUGCAAUGGCAGUGAGGUGAAGUUUGAUGAUAAUGUUGUGGUACUUGUUGACAAGCAAGGCCAGCCUAUUGGCACCAGAGUUUUUGGGCUUGUCCCUCAUGAGUUGAGGAAGAAAAAGCAUGUCAAGAUUCUUACUUUGGCUGAGCAUAUUGCAUGAAGAAUGGAGUACACUGGACUCCUAAGAGCAGGAUUGUUAACAUAGGCAUAGUUUUGGAUAAAUCUAGCAUAUUAUUUUGGUUGGACUCUUCAAAUUUGCCUAAAUUUAUCUGCAAUUAUUAAU